AUGGCUCAAAGUAUUCUCCAGAAGCAAAUUAACCUUACGCAGACAUCGUCGCACUCUUACACAAUCUCAUCUCAUCGGGAUUGGAGUGUGGGACCAGCUCUUCACGGCGGUUCCGUGGCUGCCACAAUUCAUCAUGCAGCCUCUACUCAUCUUCGCACCACAUUGGCAGCACAAAACCAACCCGACAUUCUGACGCUGCAUUUUCAAUUUCUCAGAACAUGUGUGCUCCAGGACAGCGUGAUCGAUAUCACGGAUCUGAGACUCGGCGCUGGCACCAGCGAUAUCCAAUUACAUCUCUCGCAAGACGGCCAGGUCAAAGUCAUUGCUCUGGCCACGGCCGUCAACUUUGACAAUGUCAGCGGCCCCUCGGCGCCGACGGCGUGGAAACUGACACCACCGCCCGAGCCCGUGGAUUUUGACAAGAUCCAGACACAAGAGCCCGAUGAGGAUUGGGUAUCGACCAUUGUCGACGGCGAACUUAUACCGGUCACCAAACGCAUACUGUGCCUCAACCCACGCAAAGGCUUUCCUAUUGACGGCGUCUGCGACGCGUGGACCUCGUUUCUCGGCAACGAGCGGAUGGACGCGACGUAUCUGACCCUCAUGGCCGAUAUCAUCCCGUCUCUGCCAGACACGCUGCUCCGCAACGGCGGAAUAUACGAUGCCCGGGCCAACUUUGCGCAGAUUGAAGCGGCAGAAAAGAAAAACCCCGGCGCCCCGGUGGUGCUGACGAACAGUCUCAAACAAGCCGCGCAGGCUACCGUCUUCAACCACACGGUCACCCUGGAUAUCGAAUUCAAGCGCAGACUUCCCAAAGAGGGUAUCCAAUGGAUCUUCACGAGGGCCGAGAUGCGCAUGCUGCAAGCGGGCAGGGGUGAUCUUGAUGUGACGAUAUGUGAUGAGAACUUGGAUAUACUUUUGCUAGCACGUCAGGUUAUUCUCGUACUGGAUGCAAAGAGAAAAUUCAGAGAAAAUAAGUCAAAGGCAAAGUCAUCACUUUGA